CUUUCGUUCUCCAGCUGAAAAUGCUCCAGCUUAGUUCCUAGUAGCUUCUUUUAGACAAAUUUUAGCAAACGUUUUUCUCUCUGUCUUACUAAACUGUUUAUACUAUUUUCAUAAUUAUGUCUGUUAAAAAGAUCGUUAAGUCGGUAUUCAAAUAUAUUCAUAGACUGAAGAAAAAUAAAACCGAUGCAAUAAGAUAUGUUAAAAUAUAGUUCUGUUGAUAUUGUUAACAAAAAUUAGGAAAGGUUGCGUUGUUUAGGAAACUGUUAUUUGAAGUUGUUUUGUUGACUUUAGUGCGAGCGUUAUGAAAAUGUGUGACAACUCUUUUUUGAAAGUCUAACAGGGCCUCCUUGUAAGUGACAGAGUAAACUUCAGACGUGCUCUUCUAUACCUAGGUACCUGUUUGUGGCCAAGUAGCAGAUCUUUAAGAGAUUAAACCACGUUGCGUGUUGAUGUAUACAUAUCUGCUUACAGAUUUACCUAAUAAAUAUAAUUUUCAGAACUAAUGAUAUGGACCCUCCAAAUUACAAUGACGAACCACCAAAAGAUCCUGGAGCUGACCACAAAAUAAAGGUUCCGUUUGAUGAGAAAGAUUUUGAAGGUCACCGCGCGCACACCGUCUUUAGCGGUGUCCCUGCGGAACGACGCCACUCGCAUCGACGCCAUCACCAUCGACAUCGGAGUCCUGAGAGUAUGAUCACUUCCGGAUAUCCAGAAGAGAAUCGUCCUAGCACCCCACCAUCACAAAGAGUUCAAUUUAUUCUUGGAGAAGAUGCAAAUAACGACAAACAUGAAAUCCAUCCGCUCUUCUCGGAAAUGGAAGAGUUGGUGGUGGAUGGCGAUGAAAUGGAGUGGAGAGAAACUGCCAGAUGGAUCAAGUUCGAGGAAGACGUCGAAGAAGGGGGCAACCGAUGGUCAAAACCUCACGUUGCUACUCUUUCUCUACAUUCGUUAUUUGAACUAAGAAGUUUACUACUGAACGGAACCGUUAUUUUAGAUAUGGAAGCAAUGUCUUUAGAGCAGAUUGCGGACUUGGUUUUGGAUAAUCUGAUUAAUAAUAACAGUUUACCUUUUGAUAAGAAAGCGAAAGUAAGGGAAGCGCUAAUGAAGAGACAUCGACAUCAGCAUCAGAGAAAACAACAUGCCUUGCCAUUUAUCCGGUCGUUUAAUGAAAUGAAAACACAAUCUUCUUCAAAAAUUGAUGAACAUUUCUCAGAAUCAUCUGUAAAAUCGGAAGGAGGAAAAUUCUUAAGCAUUCCUGGACAGGAAAAAACAUCAGCAAUGAAAAAAAGUUCAAGCUACGUGUCCAUACACAGAAACCACAGCUCGGGAGACCUCUCAGAUGUUCAACAUAAUUUAGGAUUCAUGAGGAAGAUCCCACCAGGAGCGGAGGCCAGUAAUAUCCUAGUGGGUGAGGUGGGAUUCCUCGAAAAAACAAUCUCGGCUUUCGUUAGACUGACAACAGCUACAGUUUUGGGAGAUUUGACUGAAGUUCCAGUGCCAACUAGGUUUUUGUUUAUUUUACUUGGACCACCCUCUGCCACAUCAGGUUUCCAUGAAAUCGGUCGAGCUAUGGCGACACUAAUGUCAGACGAGGUGUUCCACGAAGUAGCGUAUCGAGCCCGUAGUCGAAGUCAUAUAUUAGCAGGAGUAGAUGAGUUUCUUGACGCAGUUACAGUAUUACCUCCCGGCGAAUGGGAUCCAGCAAUAAGAAUCGAACCACCUGCCGCUAUCCCUUCCCAGGAUUCACGAAAACGGCCGCCUGAAAAACUGGUCGAAGAAAUUGAUGAGGAGGAGGAAGAACAAAGGCUAAGAGAAGAGUCCGGUUUAGCCAGAACCGGAAUAUUAUUCGGUGGACUGAUAAAUGAUAUUAAAAGAAAGACUCCAUUUUAUUUAUCUGAUUUUAAGGACGCGCUGGCUAUGCAAUGUAUAGCCUCGUGGAUAUUUUUAUACUUCGCAUGUUUGUCACCAAUUAUUACCUUCGGUGGACUUUUAUCCGAAGCUACAGGAAAAAAUAUGGCUGCUAUGGAAUCUCUAGUGUCAGGAUUUGUUUGCGGCAUUGGCUACGGAUUAUUUUCGGGACAACCAUUGUCCAUAUUGGGAUCAACAGGACCAGUAUUAGUAUUUGAAACAAUAGUUUAUGAUUUUUGUGCUACAAUGCAUUGGGAUUACAUGAGUUUUAGAUUCUGGAUAGGAACGUGGACUGCCAUUAUCUUAAUGAUAUUAGUUGCUAUAGACGCUAGUGCUUUUGUGUGUUAUAUUACCAGAUUCACGGAGGAAAAUUUUGCAACACUGAUUGCGUUUAUAUUUAUUUAUAAAGCAGUGGAAAACGUAUGGGCCAUUGGAAAGAAAUUCCCAAUAACUGUGGAUAUAAACAAUAUAAAUAUAAAUGAAUGCUCUUGCACGUGGAAUGAUACCACCCCGCCGAUGCUGUUGAAUAUGUCUAGUUCCACUACUGUCAACCAAACAAUGUGUCAGAAAUUAAACGGAACGCUGUCUGAAGGAUGUUUUCUACCACCAUACAGUCCAGAUAUAUUUUUGAUGUCAAUUUUGCUAUUCCUUGGAACUUUCUUUAUUUCAAUACAACUAAAAGACUUUAAAAAUGCUCUCUUCUUUCCAUCCAAAGUACGUCAAUUUAUAAGCGACUUUGCUGUAAUAAUAGCUAUAUGUUCCAUGACUGGGCUAGACAUUUAUGUCGGUAUUCCGACACCUAAACUAGAAGUACCCCACGAAUUCAAACCAACCCUCGAGGGUCGAGGCUGGGUCAUAGCACCUUUCAACCAUAACCCACUUUAUUCAGUAUUUGUAGCAAUACCGCCAGCACUACUGGGUACCAUUCUUAUAUUCAUGGAUCAACAAAUCACUGCAGUUAUAGUUAACAGAAAGGAGUUUAAACUUAAAAAAGGUUGUGGAUAUCAUUUAGAUUUAUUUGUUCUGGCGAUCCUCAUCGAAAUCUGUUCAAUUAUGGGACUUCCUUGGUUCGUAGCAGCGACUGUGCUCUCCAUAACCCACGUCCACUCUUUGAAAUUGGAAACAGAAUGCGCCGCUCCAGGUGACAAGCCACAAUUUUUGGGGGUUAGAGAGCAGAGAGCGACGCAUAUUUUGAUAUUUUUGUCCAUGGGAUUAUCGGUAUUCUUGACACCAAUGUUGGGACAUAUACCUAUGCCUGUAUUAUUUGGAGUAUUCCUGUAUAUGGGAAUAUCUUCUCUAAAAGGACUGCAAUUUUUCGAUAGAAUACUGAUUAUGUUUAUGCCAAAUAAAUAUCAACCUGAUUACAUGUUUUUAAGACAGGUGCCAAUAAAGAAAGUACACUUGUUCACUAUUAUUCAAUUCACCUGCUUGAUUUGCCUCUGGAUGAUAAAAUCUUUCAGCCAAACAUCAAUUCUCUUUCCUUUGAUGUUAGUGGUUAUGAUCGGCAUCAGAAAGUCAUUGGACUGGAUAUUUACAAGAAGGGAACUGAGGAUUUUAGACGAUGUCAUGCCGGAAAACAAUAAGAGACACCAAAUGGAGGAGGAUAGUAAAGCAGCAGCAAAUUUGGAAAUAGAAAAUAACGCUGGAAACUUAAAGAUACCUUUGGCCAAUGGGAACGUGAUGAAUAUUCCAUUAUCUGCUAUUAACAUUUCUGAAGAAGUGGAUAAAACUGGGAUAUGGAAACAUGUUAAUGAUAAACAAUAUUAUCAGGAUAAAGAGAAGAAGAAAGAAAAAAGUCCGAACAUUAAAAACCGAUUUAAAAAGAAGAAACCAGUCAGAAAGGAAGAAAAGACUAUAAGAGUUGAUAUGUUAGAAAAGAGACUCUCAACAUGCCAAGAAGAAGAUGACGAAGGAGUAAUAAUUAUAAAGGUGACCGACACAUCUCUUCACUUAUAAACACGCACACAUAUGACAAUCAAUACAAACUACAUAAUAUACGGCUUAAACUUAUCUACAAGACUAAAAUCCCUAAUGGUCCAUAAGGAAUCUUAUGACUGAAGACUAAAAUCAUCAAGUCCAGUUUUAACAAAACUUUUUUAUAUGUAGAAAAAUUCUUAUACAUAUAUUUUAAUACCCUUGUUAACCAAAUAUAAAACUAAAAAAUAUAUUAGAAAAUUAUAGAAAGAGGUUAGUGAAAACGCAAUAUGUAAUUUUUUAUUUUUGUCAGUUUUGUACUGUUAUACUGAUUUUGGCAGACUGCAGAAAGUAUGUAUAUUUAAAAUACAGCACAAAGAUAUAGUAAAGAAGAGUUUUUAAUAAGUUGUGGUAAUUGGAAAUAGAUUUUUAAUUAAAACAUUAUGUACUUAGAAGAGUCAUCUCAAAAAGACCAACUUCAUAUGUAAAUCGACAAAUAAAAAAGAGUUUAUUCAAAAUUAUCUAAUCUAAUCCUACUUAACUCCGCCCUCUUAAUAUUAUAUAAUUUUAGAUCAUAUCACGACGAAGUGGAAAUUCCCACAGAGGAUGAAGAAGUUCAAAAAGAAAUUAAAAUCCUCCGAAACCGAGAAGCAGCAGGAAAAGAUGAAAUAGCAUUGUAAUUAUUAAAAUACGCAGGAAGAGAAUUACAUAAAGAAAUAAACCAGCUAAUACAACAAAUAUAGGUACAAAACUGAAUACCAGAAGAUUGGAACAGAGGUAUAAUAGUAACUUUAAAUAAAAAAGGAGAUCGGAGGAGUGCGAGAAUUACAGAGCAAUAUCUUUAUUGAACACCGCAUAUACAUAGAAUUCUAGCAAACAUAAUAAACAUGAGAAUUAAAUUAUGCGCUGAACGAAUAUUAGACCAGUAAGGAUCUGUGAAAAAACGUCUAUUUUUGGAUGUGAAAGGUGGCAUUCGGAUUUUUGCAGAUAAAGUUAGGUGACACCUUCAGUAAUAAUAAUUGACCUAUGCUUCUUCUUAAAUAUGCCCGGAACAUUAAUAAAAAAAUUAAAAUAUUUAAAAAUUUCGAAAAACGUCGAUUUUUUUCUGAUUUCUUUGCUUAUAACUUUAAAACGAUUCGUUUUGGAACAAAGUCGUAGAGAAAUAAAAUAAAGAUAAUUGAAUUUUGUAUGAUAUACGACUGGUCAAAAAUGUCUUAAGGUCUUAAAUACAAUAAGUCUGUUGUUAUUCAAUGAUUUUAACCACUUUGGUGGCACUUAGAACCAUAGUAAUUCACUUACGAAAUUCUUUAAAAUAUACUUAAACGUGCACCAAAUUUCAUUAAAAUCGAAAUAAUAGAUUUUGCAUAAUAAAUUUGCAAUCUAAAUGUUUUUAAAAAAGUUCAAAUUUUUUAAAAUCUUUCUGAACAAAAAGUAGACCGUUUAGAAGUUGUCUAAUUUUGUACAUAUAAAAAGGUGCUCUACCUAUCUAAUAUACUUUACAGAAUUACAAUCGGAUUAUUUAAGGGGCCUCAGCAAUGUUUUAAACUUAUAAACAAUUUUUGGCUCAUAAAAAAUAGCUUUGUUUAAUAAUAAAAAAAUUAAUUUUUAGCAAUGCAAAUAAUUAAAACCGGUAUAAUUUGACUUAAACUUUCAAAUGCUGUCAGCAGAAUUGCUAUUUUAUUUUUUAAUCAAAAGUUAUUCGCGUUCAAAAAUUGCAAUUUUUCGAAUUUUUGAAAGUUCCACUGCGUUUAUCUCGAACACUAUGCAUCCUACGAAAAAACUUGUAAGAACAUUUUUUGCUUAGAAUAACCCAAGAAAUACAAAAAAAAUGUUUUAUUUUGCGAAAAAUCGAUGUUAUGUAAUUCCUCAAGUUCUUUGUUUAUAACAAUCUUAUCGACAUCCGGAUCAACUGUUACCCAAAAAAAUCGUGUUCUACGGGUCAAAAAAUACAUAAAAAUCUUGGGUAAGUCCAUCUAACUAAAGGAGCCAGUAGCAACCCCACCUGGCCACAGGACUAAUUUGUUUAUAAGCCAAAAAAUUGUUUAUAACUUUAAAACAUUGCUGAGGCUGCUUAAACAAUCCGAUUUCAAUUCUGUAAAGUGCAUUAGAUAGGUGGAGUGCUUCUUUAUAUGAAAAAAAAUUGACAAAUCUUUAUAUUUUCUAGUUUUUGUUGUACAAGAUUUUAAAAAAUAUUAAUUUUUUUAAAAAAGUUUAUAUUGCAAAAUUAUUAUUCAAAAUCUAGUAAGUCAAUUUUAAUGAAAUUUGGUGUACGGUUUUAGCACAUUACAAAAAUUUUCUAAGUGAAUUACGAAGGUUCCAAGUGUAACCUAAGUGAUGGAAAAUCAUUGAAUAAGGACAGGCUUGUUUUGUCCCCUUAUUUUAUAUGUAUUGCUAUUUUGCAGCAAGGGUGAUAAAUUAAGACAUUUUUAACCAAUCGCAUCUGAUAGAAAAUGUAAUUAUCUUUGUUUUAUUCCUACACGACUUUGUUCCAAAAUGAAUCGUUUUAAAGUUGUAAGCAAAAAAAUUAGAAAAAAAAACGAAAUUUUUUGAAAUUUUUAAAUAUUUUAUUUUUUUUAUUAAUGUUCCGGGCAUAUUUGAGAAGGAGCAUAAAUCAAUUAUUAUUAACGAAGUGAUCACCUAACUUUAUCCGCAAAAAUCUGAAUGCCACCUCUCACAUCCACCUAAAAACAGAUCCUUACUGGUCUAUAUUAGGAGAAUACCAAAACGGAUUCAGACCGGACAGAUCGACAAUUAAUUCUAUACAUACAGCUGAGCAAAUAAUUCAAAAAUCGAGAGAAUACAACAGAGAUACACCUAAUAUUCAUAGAUUUCAGAAGCGAUUUUGACACAAUUAGGUAAUCGGACGAUAAUGAUGGAGGAGCUAGAGAAUUUUGGAAUCACAGAAAAAUUAAGACAUAUGCUGGCUGAGUCAGCCUAAAGAACACCACAGCAAAGACCAGUUUCAACGGAACAACUUCUAAGGAGAUCAAUGUAAACAAUGGCGUGAAACAAGGUGAUUCUAUCUCACCGACAUUAUUUAACCUGAUGUUGGAAGUAAUAAUAAGGAGGACAAACUUUGCAAACAAAAAAACAAAAACAUUAUUACAGAUCAACUUCAACUAGUAGCAUAUGCAGAUGAUCUAGUUCUCAUAGCGAAGACGAAGAUGGCACUUAUAAAAGCAGUUGAAAAAUUACAUAAGGAAGCGAAGAAAAUAGGGCUAGAAAUAAACCAACACAAAACAGAAUACAUGACGAUAGGGAAGGACGACACAAUAACUCAGAAAUAUCUAAUAACACAGAACCAUAAAUUUGAAACUAUCCACCUUUGGCUACUUGGGAGUAACAAUAGGGAAAACCCGAAAAGGGGGAACAGAGGAAAGAACUCCGAAAGGCAAAAAAACAUAUAGAAUGAAAAGAAAGCUGCUGAGAAGCAAGACUUUCAGUAAGAGAACAAAGAUGAACAUUAAUAAGAUCUAUAUAAGACUUGUUGUUACAUAUGGGAUGGAAACAACAACGGUUAACAAGAAACCUAUUCACUUAUUUUAACCUAUUAACAAUAGGUUAAACUUAUCAACUUGUCAACUUAUCACACAUGACUGACGAGGGCUUAAAUAUUGAAUUCUUGGGACAAUAUAAGACUUUCUGUCUGACUAAAGAAUAGUGGUCUACUGUUGGUUUUUCAACCUAGUUUUCAGUAGGUUGUUUCGGUUGUAGGUUGUUACGGUGCCGUGCAUUUCUGCGUAGACGUCCAUCCUACAUUGUCUUGUCAGGUGAGAUGUUCGAAUGGUCAGGAUUAAAUUAGUCUAAUUUUAGCAGAAUUGCUAAACAUAUGUUGUUUAAAUAUUGUUGGUAUUAUAUUAAUAAUGAAAUUUAUAUAAACUAAUUUUACUCUUAUCUCUUUGAUCAAACUAUAAUUUUUGAUUAAAAAAUAUAAAACGACUCACAACAUUUGCCUGUUAAUCUUGUCAAUUUAUACGUACUAAUCUGCAAAUCUGUCGGGUAAAACGCUUUAGAAUUUAUAAUCAAGGUAGACUGUAUAAUUAUUUUCAUCAUUUUUUUUACAAUGUAAAAAAUAAGUGUAAAAUUAACACCAAUAUACUGCAAUGUCUUUAUUA